AUGCAGAGCCUUUUCUGGGAAUAUGAUAAAAUUGAGGCUGGAAGCCACAAUCUUUUUGCACCAGCUGCGGCAAUUCGAUUUGAGCUUAGAGGUGGAGAGUGGAAAAAAGCUUAUAUGCAGAUGGAUGGGGAGCCAUGGAAACAGCCAAUGAACAACGAUUAUUCGACAUUUGUGGAAAUUAAGCGGGUACCAUUCCAAUCAAUUAUGAUCAAUGGCGAGUAACUUAAAAACUGUUCAGAGUGGCAAUCCAUGUAAAGAAGUUUGCGUCUUGAGGGCUUUCACUUUAUGUUCAUAUUUUUGUACUUUGUGCAUCAAUGUAAACACCAACUCAGAGGAAUCUGUUUACUGCAAUGCUACCAGUGUUUCAGAUGUUAAGUCUAGAUGAAUCGCGGUUAAGGUAUUGCAUUUAAUAUUUUGGAACAGUGAUUGAUUGAUAUUCUUGUAUUAUGUCAAAUAACAAUAAUAAGAUUUAUUUUGGAUGCAAAUAACAGUGGAUUUGGUUUGAAUUAUAUACUAUUAAUAAAGGGAGAGGAGAGGAUUUGUUGUCCUAUCCUUUUAUUG